GCGUCUUUGUUUUUCUUCCCCCGUUUUCCACCAUGAAGGAAACAAACAUGGCUCUCCCUCUGAGUAUGGGGGCUCUGCUUCAGGCGGACCUCCAGGAGGACGCCGCUUACCGGGACGAAGGUUUGUGUGUUGUCGGUAUUUUCGGUAAAAGCAACAUGCAACCGGGAGCUCCUAAAGAAUCCAUCAUCAACAGUUUGGCGGACAAACACAUCUUCUCGCUGUUCGGCGGACCGGAAGACGGCGGCACGGCGGACAGCAGCAUCGAGGCUUUCUACCAUCAGGAGACCCGGGUGCUGUACCUGCUGCUGUCCUCGGUGUCCGACAGCCGGCAGCUGCUGCGGGCCUGCGAGUCCCUGAGCGCCGGGACCGGACACUCCGACUCACACGACCUGUGGAAAGACCUGGACCGACAGCACUGCCUGCACCUGCUCUACAUGUUCUCCGUGUGCCACGUCCUCCUGCUGGUGCACCCGAACCAGACUUUCGAUGUGACUUAUGACCGGCUCUUCCGGGCCCUGGACGCCCUGCGGCAGAAGGUGCUGCCUCUCAUCCGGGCUGCCAUCAAGGACUGCCCGGUGUCCAAAGAGUGGAAGGUGAACUGUCGGCCCUGCCCUCCACGCCUGCUCUUCGUCUUCCAGAUGAACGGUUCGAUGAAGGUCUCUGCAAACGGCUCAGAGUCCGGAGGAAACCCUGACAAACCCAAGAAGCACUCCCCCAGGAGGAGGCUGCAGCACGCCCUGGAGGACCAGAUCUACCGCAUCUUCCGUAAGAGCAGAGUCCUGACCAACCAGAGCAGCAACUGCCUGUUCACCGUGCCCGCCAACCAGGCCUUCGUGUACGUGAUCCCGACUGUGGACGAGGACCCUGUGGGCGCCCUGCUCAGUCAGCUGCGCUCCAACUGCACCCUGAGUGAAACGGAGCCUGCCGUGGUGGUGACGGGACCGCGGAGAUAUCAGCAGAUGAGACAUUCAGCGCGGCAGGCCAGCUACAGCGGGGACCCGGCAAGCAUUUUGAUGGGCGGUCAGCUGGUGGACUGCAGCCUGAAGGAGUUCCUCUGGCAACACGUGGAGCUGGUGCUCACCAAGAAAGGCUUCGACGACAGCGUUGGUCGCAACCCACAGCCUUCACACUUUGAGCUACCGAACUACUCCAAGUGGGUCCAGGUCGCCUCCAGGCUCCACCAGGUUCUCAUCAGCAACACAGAAGAAGAAAUAGCAGAGCUUUUCUCAAAGGUACAGGGCCAGCUGAAGGUUUUGGAGGGUUUUCUCGACGCCGACACAAAGUUUUCUGAGAACAGGUGUCAGAAAGCCCUGCCUCUGGCUCACAGUGCCUACCAGUCCAACCUCCCCCAUAACUACACCACGACGGUGCACAAGAACCAGCUGGCCCAGGCUCUGCGGGUGUACAGCCAGCAUGCACGAGGCGUGGCUUUCCAGCGCUACGCUCUGCAGCUGCACGAGGACUGCUACAAAUUCUGGAGCAACGGCCACCAGCUGUGUGAGGAGCGCAGCCUGACGGACCAACACUGCGUGCACAAGUUCCACCUGCUGCCGCAGCCAGGAGAGAAGACAGACAUGGAUCGAAAUCCUCCCAUCCUGAACCACAACAGCAGGGGGCGCUCCACCAGCGCCUGUAACUGCGGCAGGAAGCAGGCUCCACGAGAGGACCCGUUCGACAUUCAGGCGGCCAACUAUGACUUCUACCAGAUGCUGGAUGAGAAAUGCUGCGGGAAGCUGGAGCGGAUUGACUUCCCCAUGUUCCAGCCGAGCACCCCGGACCCGGCACCGGCCACUAACCAGGCUCAGCGGCCCCCCAGUGAGGCCUCGGGGUCUGCAGAGGCGGUGGAGCGGCUGAAGGAGCCGAGCACCGCCCAGAGCCACACCCCCGCCGAGACCAGCCUCAGCCUUGCCCUCAGCCUGGGCCAGUCCACGGACAGCCUGGGGCCCUACGCCGAUGGAGAUGGCACCGAAACACAAGUCCAGCCGAAGCGGCCGAGCCUCGUGGACCGGCAGCCCUCCACGGUGGAGUACCUCCCGGGUAUGAUGCACUCUGGCUGCCCUAAGGGUCUCCUCCCCAAGUUCUCCAGCUGGUCCCUGGUCAAACUGGGCCCCGCAAAGUCCUACAACUGCCACACGGGCCUGGAGCAACCGGGCUUCCUCCCCGGCUCCUCCUUCCUCCUGCCCUGGGACUUGGUGAUCCGCUCUCGGUCGGAGGAGGACACGGGACUGACGGAGCCUUUGGAUGGUACCUCCUCGUGGCCGGCCCCCAACAAGACCCUGGUGGGGAAGCGGGGCAGCACCGGGGGCCUGGGGAGGAGCCGCAGGAGGGACGACAUGGCUCGGAUCUUCGUGGGGUUCGAGUACGAGGACAGCAGGGGGCGCCGCUUCAUCAGCUGCGGGCCGGAUAAGAUAGUGAAGGUGCUGGGGCCGGGGGGGGCCAAAGACCCCGCCACUAGGGUGCUGAACACCGACAUGCCGCUCUACAUCCCGUCCCCGUCUCAAGGCCGCGGCAUCAAGUCUCACUACGCACAGCUGACCCGGCUUUUUGUGGUAGUGCCUGACGCCCCGCUGGAGGUCACCCUCAACCCGCAGGUGCAGCCCGGUCCUCCUCCCUGCCCGCUGUUCCACCCGGAGCAGACAGAGUUGCUCCUGCCUCCCGAUAGUCUCUGGGUUCUACGGUUCCCUUAUUCCUACUGCACGGACCGCGGGACCUGCUUCCCCCCCAAAGAGAACCAACCGCUCAACAACCACAAGGUGCUGCGAGGCAUCCUGAAGGCCACGACGGCCAGCCCCGCUGCUCAGUGACCGUCCGCAGUACGAGGGACCUCUUAUUUAUUUACACUUCCUGAUAGGCGGUGAUUGUUUGUGUUUGUAACUCUGUGACCCCCCUGAUGUACUGUGGAUUUUUCUAACCCCGACAUAUUAAAUCUCAUUUAUUUUGAGGAUGUUUUUUGGGAUCUUAAUUCAAACACAUUCACACUCAAACGAAAGUAGGCUCUUGUGGUGCCACCUCCAAACCUUAAGCUUAAGAUUUGAACCUUCAGCGCAGAGAAAUGGAAAAUCCUCAGCAUGGUUUUCAAUCUGUCACUCUGGCUUAUAUACAUUUUUUAAAACACACACAGGAAGGUGCACACAUGUAAUACACAAACCUGGAGAGGUGCUAGAGUGAAGUGGCUGCCAGUCUCGCCAGCACCAUGGAGCAGUUAGGGGUUCGGUGCCUUGCUCAAGGGAACCCAGGCAGUGCCCUAAGAGGAGAACUGACACCUCUCCAGUCCACUCUGUAUUUUUUAGUCUGAUCGAGACUGGAACCAGCGACCCUUCGGUCCCAAGGCCAAGCCACUCAUUGCCAUUGAGCCAUUGCCGCCCGUCUAAAUCCGGAUGGAGGAAUUAAAUGGAGAGGUGGUGACUGAACCAAUGAAUCAAGACGUACUUCAAUAAAGACGGAAGAAGCCAUGAGAACAGGCUAACUAUGGGGUACAGUAAUAAGGCUGGAGUAAUAUGUACUCUCCCAUCCCCAUAUUCAACAGCAACCAGCAGUCAAUAUAACAAGGAAGUUGUAUGCAGAUAUAAUUAGGGAUGUAAUUCAUCAAUUACUUGUGUUUUGUAAACAAUCAGAAACUGUGGAAAAAUGUCAACCUCAAACCCUGAAGCCCUGAAAAGAUGUCAUUAAAUGUUCCUUUUGUCUGUAUUUAUGUUUAUCACACAUCUGAGGAGAUGAAACCAGGAAUUCUGUAUCAAAGAUUGAUCCGUUAUCUGAACAUUUUUGCCACUUUUCAUAACUGUGAAUUUGGGGUUAAGUGUUACCUGCACUACAGAGUGGAACAUUUCAUGUUUUUUUCUUUUUAAGAAAAUCUUUUGGCGGCAACCAGUGCCUUUAAUAUAGUGCAGUUCAGAAACGGAGAGACAGAGGGGAAGACGCGCGGCAAAGGGACUCAGGCCGGAUUUGAACCUGGGUCCACCGCAUGGCCGCCUGCUCGACCCACUGAGCUAUACCACGGCCCAUCUGAUGUUUUUCUGUAAAUAAAAACUAGAGUUCUUCUUUGUCUGAUUGUAUUGUUUAAAUUGAUUUAAGACACAUUUCUUAACCAUUAAAUAUUGCAUUUCA